GGACCGAUCAUGGGUGACUGGAGCUUUCUGGGUAAUAUUUUAGAGGAAGUUAACGAGCACUCUACGGUGAUCGGCCGAGUGUGGCUCACAGUGCUCUUCAUCUUCCGUAUCCUCAUUCUGGGCACGGCGGCAGAGUUUGUGUGGGGCGAUGAGCAGUCUGACUAUGUCUGUAACACACAGCAGCCUGGAUGUGAGAACGUGUGCUACGAUGAGGCCUUCCCUAUCUCCCACAUCCGCCUGUGGGUGCUGCAGAUCAUCUUUGUGUCCACACCGUCUCUGGUGUACGUGGGUCAUGCCGUGCACCAUGUCCACAUGGAGGAGAAACGCAAGGAGCGUGAGGAGGCAGAACUUAGCCGGCAGCAGGAGCUGAGCGAGGAGCGUCUCCCUUUGGCACCAGACCAGGGAAGUGUCCGCACCACUAAGGAGACCAGCACAAAAGGAAGCAAGAAGUUCCGGCUGGAGGGCACCCUGCUGAGGACCUACAUCUGCCACAUCAUCUUCAAGACACUGUUUGAGGUGGGCUUCGUGGUGGGCCAGUACUUCCUGUAUGGCUUCCGCAUCCUGCCACUGUACAAAUGCAGCCGCUGGCCGUGCCCCAACACGGUGGACUGCUUUGUGUCCCGCCCAACUGAGAAGACCGUCUUCAUCAUCUUCAUGUUGGCUGUGGCCUGUGUCUCACUCUUCCUCAACUUUGUGGAGAUCAGUCAUCUGGGCCUGAAGAAGAUUCGCUUUGUCUUUCGCAAGCCUGCCCCAGCCCCAGCCCAAGGUGAGGGAUCGGCCCCCCUGCCGCCACAAGGGAAGAGCCUUCCCCCCCUAGCCAUGCCCUCCCUGCCGAGAGCUAAAGGUUACAGGCUGCUGGAGGAGGAGAAAGCUCCCCCCGUAACUCACCUCUACCCGCUGGCUGAGGUGGGCAUGGAGGCUGGCAGAGGGGCCCCGCCCUUCCAGGCGCUGGAGGAGAAGGCGGAGGAGGUGCUGCCCAUGGAGGACAUCUCUAAGGUGUAUGACGAGACUCUGCCCUCCUAUGCCCAGACCACUGGGACAGUGGGGGUGACAUUACACGAGGAGGAGCCCGAGAAGGUGCAGCUGGCCGAGGUGGAAGUGGUGGAAAGAGUGGAGGAGGUUGUGGAUGAAGAUGUGGAGGUAGAGGAGGCAGUGAACGGGGAGGUGGUAACUCCAGCUGAGGCAGGGAUGGAGGCCACGGAUACGAUAGAAGACACCAGACCGCUGAGCCGACUGAGCAAAGCCAGCAGCAGGGCCAGUUAGGCACUGACUUUAAUUCAUUCAGAUGGCCACAUACUGCAAUUGCAGCAUGUGGCUGCCAUCGGCGUGGGUGGAAUGGAGGAUUUAUCUAGAUAUUUGGGCGUCAACUGGACCUUUUCUCUGAUAUGUUUUGUGUUCUGGAUUUUCUCACCAGCAGAAGGAUACAGAACCAUCUCAUCGGUUGGCAGCAAAGUGGUCCUACCCUGUAACGAGUCUGGCAAGUUCCAGCAGCUGACAUGGAAAAUGAAUGGAGUCAGCUUGUACAGCUUCAGCCAGGAACAUGGCUUUAAAACCUUAGCUGAUGUUGUCGGACUGAAUAUAGGCCUAAACAGGUCUGUGUCAGGGAGUGAACAGUGGGCACUGGUCAUGGAACAAGUUCAGAAGUCUCAUGCAGGGAACUAUACAUGUGAGGUGACCACCCCUAAUGGACCUCGGGAAACUAUGUGGGAGCUGAUAGUUACAGCUGGAACAUUUCCUGCUGAAAUGAGCAGGGACGAGCUGGUUAUUAUUGUGGCAGCUAUCGUUCCUGGUGUGUGUUGCCUGGUGUUCAUAUUUUCUUUGACCUGUCUGAGAAGAGUCUGCAAACGGCGUGCAAACCAUCAAUUCCCCACCACAGUAAGGCAAGCGAAAACAGAAGAUAUAUAUGAAAACUGCCUGCAAACUAGGAGUGAUCAGCCUUCCAGUUACAACCCCACUCACUUAUAUGAAGUAUGAAGAGUUGAAACAUGGUUCUUCACACAUGUUCCAGCAAAAUGCAACUUUAUUAUUGCUUCUCAGUUCAAGGACUGCAAACUGCAGACUGGAUUACACCAAUUCAUAGCCUUUAAUUGUGCAAACUGACCAGUGUUUCAAUAGUAGGCUACUGUGUCUCCAUCAGAGUCAAAGUGGACAAAGACAUGAGGCCAACAACAUUUGCAAUCAAUCAAGACCAGGUUUGCAGUUGUCAUUAGUUAAUUUAAUGACCUCUAAAAUUAAAAAUACUCCUUGGAGAAGUACACAGGAUAUACUGCACAUGUAUAUAUACAUAAAUACAUACUAUAUGUAAUUAAUAUAUCUUAAUUCAAAUUUUAUUUUGAUGUGACUCUUGGUGUUUCCUUGUUUGUAGAAUACCAAACCAAUAGGCUAAUUCCAUUACUGUAGAUGCAUUGAGUAUGACCAUUUUUGAGCACAGAGUAUUUUUGGUACUAUCUGUGAAGGCUUAAAGAUUAUCCACGGAGGACAGUUUCCUCAGAAUUGUGGUGGAUUCAUGCAUCAGACGGGUGUAUUGAUAAUACUUUGAUUCUCCUUGGCCAAGCUUCAAUAAACAUUUUCAGCAUAAGACAUUGUUCUCCUGAGCACUUUCUUCAUUGCUGAGGUUAACCAUUGACAAACACUUGACAUACUCAGUUCUUCAUUUAUGUCAAAUGGCUAACAAUACACAUAUAUAAAAAAAAAGAACAGAAGAACACAAACUUCCAUACCAUCCGUAACAUGUGAAAACUCAGCGGUAACAUGACAAAUUCAGUUCCUCGUUUAUGCCACAAGACUUAACUAUUUUGAGAGUGUA